AUGUCGUCGCCGGCACGCGAACCCAGAGGUUCGGCCUCCAAGGAUGUCGUCGAAACGUCCACGAAAAGUUCCCUGGCGGCUACAAUCGCCGAAUCGAAUUCAUGGCUUGCGAAAGUGCACCCAUACUUCAAGGACCCGUCCCAUGACAUGGACCAGUCUGCCACCACUGCCGCAUUUGUCUCCGGCAUGAAAGAGGACCUCAGCCUCUACGGCAAUGAGCUCGUAGAGUUCAACACUUACUUCUCCAUCGGUUACGCGAUAUUCAUCGUUCCCGCCAUGCUAUUCCAGACCAAGAUCCGUCCGUCUCUCUUUCUACCGUGGUGUGAGGUCAUCUGGGGCGUAUUCACGCUCUUCACAUACAGGGCGAAGAACGCAAAGACCGUCUUCAUCCUGCGGUUCUUCCUCGGGGUUUUUGAGUCGUCGUCGUGGCCCGGCAUCGCGAACCUCAUUUUUAAUUGGUAUAAACCCGAAGAACUCGGAAAGCGCCUUGCAUUCUUCGGAAUCAGCGGUGUCGCCGGAAACAUGUUCCUCGGCAUCCUCCAAGCUGCUUUAUACAAUAACCUUAACGGCGUCCUGGGAAAGCCUGGCUGGCAGUGGCUCUUCAUCGUCUCCGGAACCAUCACAAUCACCUGGGGCCUUGUAGGCCUAGUCGUCAUCCCCGAUUCGCCCGCCAACACGCGGGCCAUCUACUUGACGCUCGAAGAGAGGGAGCUGGCGCGCAAGCGGAUGGCAGACUGCGGGACGACGACGCAGGAAAUUAUCAAGGUUAAGACCCUCGGCAAAAAAUUGAAACUCCUAGUCAAGACGCCUAUUACGUGGCUGUUCCUCCUCGCGUACCUGCAGUUUGCCUGGAGCCAGCGCGCAAACUCGUACUUUCUGCUCUUCCUCAAGGGUUUGAAGUUGUCGGAUGGAACGCCCCGAUAUUCGGUGUAUACCGUGAAUCUCAUCCCUCUCGGAGGAUACGCGAUCAGCAUGGUCUGUAAUUUGGGGCUGAACGCCCUGAGUGACUGGAAGGCUUGGCGUUGGCAAGUUUCCAUCGGCUCAGCACUGGUCCAGCUGCUUGCAACCGCCGUCUUGUCUGCCUGGCCAUCAGACUGGAAGGUUAUUAUGGCCUUCUACUUCCUCUUAUUCUCGACUGCAGCCUGGGGGUAUACGCUCGUCGCAUGGCUUGGCGAUAUCCUCCGCAAGGAGCCCGAGGUCCGGGGUGUGCUCGUGGCCCUUGCCGUCUGCCUCGUUUACACGGGCCACGCGACGAUACCCUUGCGCGCCUGGCGAGUAAGCGACUCCCCGCGGUACCCUAUCGGUUUCCCGCUCUCCGCUGCUUUCGCCGUCGGCAGUAUUAUCGCCAUUUUGGCACUGCGUUAUUACGUGAAUACGCAUCCGCAAGUGCAAGAAUGGGGCCUUGGUGAGGAUGGCGAGGCGCGUGCUACAGAGGAGACCCUCGUGAUCGAGGGAGAAGACGACGUUAGUCAAGAUGGGUCACGAGAAAAGGAGAAAACAGUAGUCAAGACAUAA